UUACCUCCUGGUUCCAUGGGUUGGCCUUAUCUAGGAGAGACCCUCAAACUCUACACUCAAAACCCAAACACCUUCUUCUCCAAAAGACACAAAAGGUAUGGAAAUAUAUUCAAGACUAGGAUACUUGGUUAUCCAUGUGUGAUGAUUUCAAGCCCAGAGGCAACCAAAAGUGUGCUUGUGACACAUGCACAUUUGUUCAAGCCAACAUACCCUGCAAGUAAAGAGAAGUUAAUAGGACCAGAGGCUGUUUUCUUUCAGCACUUAGGUGACUAUCACUCCAUGCUUAAGAAACUUGUUCAGUCCACUUUUAUGCCCUCUGCUAUUAAAAAUUCAGUCUUUGAUGAGGUUGAACAAAUUGUCCUUAAACUACUCCCAACUUGGUCUAAUACAACCAUCAUUGCCUUACAAGAAAUGAAAAGGUAUGCUUUUGAGGUAGCUGCCAUUUCAGCCUUUGGUGAAAUAAUGGAGAUUGAAUUUAAACAAAUCAAAGAUCUAUAUAGGAACUUGGAGAAGGGCUAUAACUCAUAUCCUCUAUAUGUUCCUGGAACUUCUUAUUGGAAAUCAAUCAAGGCAAGGAAGCUUUUGAAUGAAACUAUAAGGAGAUUAAUACAUAAAAGAAGGGAUAACAAUGAUUAUGGAGGUGGAUUGUUGGGAGUUUUGUUGAAAGCUAGAGGUGACAGAAUAAAGAAGCUCACUGAUUCUCAGAUUAUCGAUAAUCUCAUUGGAGUUAUAUUUGCAGCACAUGAUACUACUGCUAGUGUUCUAACAUGGGUUCUAAAGUAUUUGCAUGACAAUGUCAAUCUCUUGGAAGCUGUCACGGAAGAGCAUGAAGGGAUUAAAAAUAAAUUAGUUAUGGAAAAUCGUGGGCUUACAUGGGAUGAUACAAGGCAGAUGCCACUCUCUGGCAGGGUUAUCCAAGAAACUUUAAGGAGUGCAAGCAUACUGUCAUUCACCUUCAGAGAAGCUGUACAAGACGUUGAGCUCGAAGGUUACAACAUUCCUAAAGGUUGGAAGGUCCUUCCCCUCUUCAGAACCAUUCAUCACUCUGCAGAUUUCUUCCCUCAACCAGAAACGUUUGAUCCUUCCAGAUUCGAGGUAGCACCGAAACCAAACACGUUUCUGCCAUUUGGAAACGGAGUCCACUCUUGUCCAGGAAGUGAGCUCGCUAAGCUUGAGAUGCUCAUCCUCCUCCACCACUUAACGCUUUCCUACAGGUGGCAAGUUGUGGAAAAUGGAGAUGGAAUACAGUAUAGUCCUUUUCCUGUGCCCAAACAUGGACUGCUAAUCAAUAUAAUCCCAAGGAACAAAAUACCUACCUGAAGUGACUCAUUUCCGUGUUCAGUUCACAACAUGUUCCGACAAUGUUCCCAAAGCAAUGCAUCUCUGUCGUCAUAAAUAAUAAUCUAUGUUUUGUUUUUUCCAUAGGUGUCAUCUGAUCUAAUAAAUCUAUGACCUAUAUGGUUUUGGUGUGGAUAUAUAUUACUACCAAUUUACCAUAUCA